AUGGUUGACUACUCCUCAUGGAAGGUGGCUGAUUUGAAGGCCGAGCUCAAAAAGCGCGAGGUCCCUCAAACCGGUCUUCGUGUCAAGCAGCAAUUCAUUGAUAAAUUGAUUGAGCUUGACUCACAAACAGAUCAGACUGAACCCCCAGCUGCAGCUACAGAUGAAAGUGCCGUUCCACAACAGCCCAGCGAAGAUGCCGUUUCACAAGCACCAGACGCCCAACCCGAGCAAUCGCAAUCCGAGAAACCGAACGAUGAAUCAGCUUCACCAAAGGAAGAGCCCCUGGCUUCGGACUCAGCUCCUACCAAAGCAGAGGACGAGAAGGACGAGAGAGAUGAAUCAGCUCAGAAACACACCGAGACAGUAUCCAGCGUGAAGGUCGAGCACGACACCAAGCCUGUCGAGGAACCCUCCACGGUGGAUCAAACAGCCCAAGAACACCCCCAAACUGCCGAGGAAGCACCUGCGACUGCAACGGACCAAACCUUGAAGACAGAGGAUCCCGCAAAGCCCCAAGAAAACCCAGCAUCUUCAUCUCUUCAGACCUCCGAAGCGAACACCGCAGGUUCAACACCCCUUCCCACCGCAGAAGCAUUGGAAGAUACACGCAAACGGAAACGUCGAAGUCAAAGUCCCGCUCCUACGCUUGAAGAGAUUGCCAACCGCAAGGCUCGUGCGGAGGAGGCAGUGCCGCGAGUGCUGCUGAAAGACGACAAGGGGUAUAACGACCAGAAGUCCACAGAGACUACAGCGGAGAGUCAAAAUGACAGUGUGCCUGUUGAAAAGCGAGCUUUGUCGCCCAAGCCCGCUGGCAAGCAAGAUGCUCGUUUCCGUGGCUUGUUUGCGCCUAGCGAUACCCCUGCUCGACCUCCAUCUCCUCAAGACAGUGCGAUGCCAGACGUGGAUGCAGGCCCAGCCAUGCAUGCUGCCACAUCAUCCCUCUACAUUGAUGGCCUCAUGCGCCCUCUCCAGCCAGCUGCCCUUCGUCAGCACCUAUCCAGCCUCGCAGCCACCCCUGGAAACACGUCGGACUCCGAAGCGAUCGUGGAGUUCUAUCUCGACUCUAUCAAAACCCACUGUUUCGUCAGCUUUACCAGCACGGUAGCAGCCUCUCGCGUUCGCUCCUCCAUCCACGGAACCGUGUGGCCCAACGAACGCAACCGCAAGAACCUCCGCGCGGACUUCAUUCCAGAUGACGCGCUCAAGGAAUGGAUCCAGACAGAAGAGCAAUCGCGAGAUCGUGCCGGUCCUACUCCCCGGUGGGAAGUGAGAUAUGAGACGUCCGACGAUGGAACUACUGCCGUACACGCCGAGGUGGGCUCUGGCUCUACCUCUACCGGACGGCGGGAGUCAGGGUUCAACCGCACUCCUCCCCUUGGCCCACGCAGCGACCUUGAGCGAGUCCAUCGCCGCCCUUCCAGUCCAGCUCCAGUGCCUGCUCCGCGACCCGGGCAGGGCUUUAAGCCUCUGGAUGAGCUAUUUGAAUCUACUACCACCAAACCCAAAUUGUACUACCUUCCUGUUCCCCGCCCGGUCGCGGAUAAGCGCCUGGACCAAUUCGAUGACCUGAUCCAGAAGGGCGUGUUUCCCCGUCGUGGUGGCGAUGAGAUGCGACGAAUCACCUUUGAAGACGAAGAUCAAUUUGUGGACGCUGGGCCUGAAAGGAUGGGUCCUGGCCCUCGAGCUGGAGGCGGACGUGGACGGGGUCGUGGCCGUCGUGGAGACUCAUGGCGCUAA